UAGAACGCCGUCCUUCCUGUUUUGGUUCGGUGUUUGUGAUCUUUACAAUACUUUGGGGCGGUCAUUGUUCGUAUUUAUUGUAUGUCAAUUCAUUUCCAAAUUCAUUCACUGCAACUGUAGAGAUGGAGACUAUAGAUGGAUUGGGGAUGUCCAAGACUCGAGAAAUAGACUCCCAGAAAAGCCUGAAAGGUCUGAAGGUAAUUCUGUUUGGAGACAAGAAAGUAUUGCCAAUGGGCAUCGCAGCGAGAUCGCUAGGCGAUCUGAUCAACAAGGCCUGCGCCAGGUUCAAGAUCAGUAGGAAGGGUGUGAAGAUAUGCCUUCCAGAUGGCACCCAGGUAGAUACUGACGACUAUUUUGACACACUCGAGAAGCAAAGCAUGGUCAUCCUGCUCCGGCCUGGAGAUUCCCUACACCAAGCUCCAGUGGUGCGGCUGGUGGAGAAGCUGCUAGCCCUCUCCUCCACUCAGCAGCUGCGUGAAGAGCUGCUGGAGGUGCUGCGGGGGCCGGACGGUCCGCUGCGGGCUGACCCGCCCAGGCCCGGCCGGCCGGACCAGAGUCGGCACAGUCAGCGCGCUGAUGACCCCGCCUGGUUCGAGGGUCUGGACACAGGCGCGACCACCAAGGAGGAGUACAUGCGGCGGCGCUGUGAGUCGCGCGUGCGCACCUACUUCUACAAGUCGCGUGACCAGGUGCGCGGAGACCGCUCUGCGCCGCUGGCCGUGCUGGAGCCGCUGCUGGACGAGAUGAUGCGACAGCUGAAGCAGGACCGCUUCAACGGCCACUACUUCGACCGCUCCUCGCUGCUGAAGAGUGGUCGACUGUGUGACGAUGAGGGGGAGUUUGAGUGUCAGGGCCUGUUCUCCAAGAGCCAGUGUGGCUAUGAUGAGCACCGGAUUAAUCCGUACAGAAGCCGGGAGGAUCGGAUCGUGUUCUCCACAUGGAACCUCGACCACAGAAUCGAGCGCUCUCGGACCAUCCUGCCCGACAUGGUGAAGGCCGCGCGGGGGGCCGGCCGGCGCCGGGUCAACUGGCGCUACUUCUACCGACUGCUCUUUACCACCGACAACCUGCGGCUGGUGCACAUCGUCUGCCACGACAAGGGCUCCCACGACCGGUACCAGUGCGACCAGAGCCAAGUGUAUGUACGCUGACACCCCUGCGACUGCUGCGCCAACAUUGGCACUUCCCACCAGCUAGUCUCUGGUGUCUCCGCAUUUAUUAGUGAUAGAUUUUCACUUUGGAUCGAGGUCGGGGUUGAUUCUAGAGGAUGCUUUCAAUGAAGUGCCUAUUGAUUAUGGCAGGGGAGGGAGUGAUCAUUUAUUGUGAUAUCUUAAUGUGGCUUUCAGCUUCAGUAGUGUAGUACGCUUUCGCAUUUAGAAGUAGUUACGCAUGGCCGGGAUGGUAUCCACGAGUCUGCGUCGUUUUUCGCCUCGUAGUGGUUCGGGUGGCUUAAAGGCAUAAAGCCAUCCGACUGCCGCAUAGGAUAAUGGACAUAGGAAUGGUCACAUGGAAACGGUUGUCAUUUGUGACGCCUUGGGUCUCCGUUACAAAACAUUCCCUGUGUGAUAGAGAAAAUCCACGAUCCUUUUAAUUCAGAUGCUUCCAAAUCCUUGGACUAAUGACGUUAUAUAUGGUAUGCCGUCAUAGGAUCUUAAAAACAUGUUAGUUUUAUUAUUUAACGCAUUUCUAGGAAAAAUAGUCGUUUCUGGGCUAUCUUGAGUCGACCUCCUGAUUUCCUUUCGCAUAAUUUCCCAGAAAACAAGACUCCUUUGCUUUUUGCGAAAGCAUGUCCAAGUUCGCAAAAAUUCAAACAGUAAACACUCAAGCGCCGGAAGCGCCGAUAGUCCCCCCGCCCCCCCCCCCAAAAAAAACACACAAAGAAGACCACAAAUUGUUCUCGUCGGCCCUGCCCCUCGCAGGCCGCCUCGCACCCCGGUGCUGAAAGGCCACGUAUGGGUUAGCUCGGAUGAAAUUUACAUUCCUUCAACGGGAACCGCUCCGCCUUGGCAGAUGACGUCACAAUGCGCUGAACACGUUGAAGGACCAGGACGUCCUGAUGACUGGAUAUGAUUUUUCUGUGGAUUUUUUUUUUGCCGAAAUAUGCCAUUUUAUGUUUGAAAUUAUGGGAAAAUAUGUUGCCAAAUCCUCAAAAUAUGUUAAUUGGAGCACACAUCAAUCUGCGUAAUCCGGCUGUUUUAUGCGACUUGAAACUUCCUUUUUCCCUGACAAUUGCUCACGCAUCAUUCUGGAUAGGCCGAUCGUAUAAAGAACGGCUUGGAGACCAUAAUAUGCGAUAUAUUUUCUUUGUGAAGCGUCGUCUUUUAUCCGGUAUCGCGGUAUAGGAAAAACGACCUCUCGAUGUCAACACUAUUGACCGGCGGGUAUCUGAAGCAGGCCAUGCCAGCUUUCACACCUCAAUGUUUCGCAUGUCCGUUAGCCUCGGCACGACGGCUUCAGCACGUCAUGUCCCGUCUCGGUACGUCACAUUCUAUUUCCGUGCAAUCGAGAAUGACCCUGGUGCCCUGAAAUUUCGAAAAAUACUCAGGGGUCGAAGUUUGAUUCUUCCUCACGGGUUGCAUUCCGCCACAAUGCAACGCACCCAGGAUUAGGUGCACUACAGACACCAUUCAUAGUGCGGAAUGCAGUAGCGAGUAGCGACACAUGUCUCUGAGACACCAAACCUCACCGCCAGAUCUAAGUUCAUCGGGUUGUGACGCAGCUUAUACAACAUCAGCAAGAGCUGAUCUUCCAGCUUCAGAUUCUCUACCUUCCACCCAGACACAUACUGGAUGUCUGCCUUUUCCAAACACUUAACCAGUAAUUGAAAAGCUUCAGUAGGAACACCUGUGUAGAAUACCACCAGGGUCGGAGUUCCCUCGAUCUGAGCAAAAAUAAAUGUUAUCGACUCGUAAUCAAGGCUAGCCCUAUCAACUUCUUCCAAGUAACUCGGUGGUGGUAACCUCGAUGGUAACCUCUUUGAGUCGCCCACGGGCGAAACGGUCGUCGAUUAUUAUUCUAAAACUGACAACAAAUGUUUAUUGAAAUGAAAAUUAGACUGAACUUAGAUAAUUUAGUUGUUGCAAGCACGCAGAAUAUGAGACCUCCGUCGCACCUUGUCCACGGCUCAACAGCAGGAUGAUUGUGGUAUUCACUUGCCCCAGGCUCAAUAUGAAGAAUACCGCCGUGGGCCCGCGGCGUAGCGGCGGCUUUCCAAUGUAGCGCUCGAUCGUGGCGUCGAUCACGUUGACUCCGCCUAUUGUUGCGUUGUACAGGGUGGGGCAAAAAGAUUUACCUGUUUGU